AAAAUAAAACUUCAGUGAAAUUACAUUUCUCGUGGAUUAGGUACAGUGGACAAUAAUGGAUAUAUUAAGGUCUCGAAACUGUUCAUGGACGAAGCAAUCGUGUGUGUAUAGUGAAAGAUCGAUAGUGUAAACACCAAUUAACGAUGUGAAAAUUACUAUUAAUCAAACAUUUAAUAAAAUGGGCUCUUUCUUGCGUGUGAAUGACACGAACUUUACCAACGAACCUGUGGACCCCGUACUGAUAUUCGGGCCACAAAGGGACCCCAUGUAUAUAGUGAUACCUAUAACAAUAAUGUACUCUAUUAUAUUUGUGACCGGACUUUUUGGAAAUAUUUUCACAUGCUUAGUGAUAAUCCGAAACAAAAGUAUGCACACAGCAACAAACUAUUAUUUAUUUAGUUUAGCGAUAUCAGACUUACUUUUACUGAUUAGUGGUAUGCCUCAGGAGAUGUAUUCGAUAUGGUCGAAGUGGCCGUACGUGUUCGGGCCGGCGUUCUGUCUGAUCCGGGGGCUGGCGGCGGAGACGUCGACGAACGCCAGCGUGCUGACGAUCACCCUGUUCACGAUCGAGCGGUACCUGGCCAUAUGCCACCCGUUCGUGUCGCACAAGAUGUCGAAGCUGUCGCGCGCCACGCGGCACGUGGUGGCGCUGUGGGUGGCGGCGCUGACGCUGGCGCUGCCACAGGCGUUGCAGUUCGGCGUGCGAAGCCACCAGGGCGUCGCCAUGUGCCUCCAGACCCGAGUCAUCAUACAGCACUCCUUUGAGAUGUCAACAUUCUUCUUCUUCUUCGCCCCCAUGGCGCUUAUAACAGUGCUAUAUUCUCUAAUUGGACUGAGAUUAAAAAGAUCUGAUUUAAGUAAUGACGUACCGGGGCAAAAGGAAAUAAAACCGAAAAUGAGAUUCACUCAUAAAGUACACAGGAAGCACAGCCAGUCAACGAAGCGCGUCAUAAAAAUGCUAGUGGCCGUAGUAGUGGCAUUCUUCAUAUGCUGGGCGCCGUUCCACGCGCAGAGGCUCGUGGCCAUCUACGGCACGGACGAGCACCACCGCCCGCGCUCCAGCCUGCUGCUACACGCCUACACAGUCCUCACGUACAUCUCGGGGGUGUUCUACUACUUCUCCACUAGCAUCAACCCCAUACUUUACCACAUCAUGUCCAAUAAGUUUCGGGAAGCUUUCAAGAACACGCUGGUGCGGUGCUGCCGACCGGGAGCGCGCGCCGUGCAGCGCAGCUCUUACACGACCCUCGCUCUCGGGCGGAACCCCGCUUCCAGCACCACCGACAACUCAGGUAAUAAUCCUAAAGAUGGCGCCUUUGGUGAUAAAGGAAUUACAAGAGGAUCUCUAAGGUCGUCAUCAGAAAAAAAUAUCAAAUUCGACUUAGAACGUAAUAUAAUUUAUUAUCAACACAAAUAUGCCCAGACCGACGUCUCAAUCCAGCGAGAUUUAGAAAAUGGGCUUUAUGAACGUAAAGGGAUAGAACAAAAGAACAUCCCUAAAGAAAUAUACGUUGUAACGUCAACGGAGCCCAGUGAAGAGUCUCAAGACUCCAAGAUUACUCCAUCAGACGAGCCUGAAGCCUACAUCAGAGAAAUUCGAGACAGGAUCAAUCGGCGUCAGAAGGGGUAUGGAUAAACCAGAGCAUUUUACAAACAGGGG